UCACGGAUGUUUGUUCUCUGUCUAUUGUAGCUGCCUGUAUUGAUGGGCUUUUUUUUUUUUUAAAUCUCUACAGAGGAACUUUUCUUCCAUGGCUCAGGACAUACUCCUGGAUCAAGCUGAGAGAAUUUUCUGGUAAGCAUCCGGCUUACUUAUUACUUACUACGUCACAGAUGGUGACUCAUACAGUCAAGUGAUGCUUUUUUUUCCUUUGAGUUUUUCCAAGUUAGGAAACUUUAAGACCUGUACCAUUCUAUAGGGUACCUUGUGAUGUUUCAGUAUUAGCUUUUAGUCUUCUGAGUUGCUGAUCAUUUCGUUUUCUGGAAGUGGAGACUCACAUGGGGUUCUCAUUCCUGCUGUGCCAGUGUGGGCCCAAGAUCAAAGAUCCUCGAAAGGGCUGCUGAUGAAGAUGACAAGUGUCCGCUGCAAGCUGGCCCAGUAUCUAGAGGACCUUGAAGAUGUGGAUCUUAAGAAAUUCAAAAUGCAUUUGGAAGAUUACCCGCCUGAGAAUGGCUGCAUCCCACUCCCCCGGGGCCAGAUGGAGAAGAAGGCAGACCAUUUGGAUCUAGCCACACUCAUGAUUGACUUCAAUGGAGAGGAGAAGGCAUGGGCCAUGGCUGUAUGGAUCUUUGCAGCGAUCAACAGGAGAGACCUCUGGGAAAAAGCUAAGAAGGACCAGCCAGAGUCGAAUAAUACUACAUGUCCUUCCAGUCUCUUUGUGGUAUGCCAGGAAGACAGCCUUGAAGAGGAGUGGAUGGGUUUACUGGGAUAUCUUUCCCGCAUCUCAAUUUGUAAAAAGAAGAAAGAUUACUGUAAGAUGUACAGAAGACACGUGCGAAGCAGGUUCUACUGUAUCAAAGAUAGGAACGCACGCCUGGGGGAGAGUGUGGACAUCGACAAACGCUACACUCAGCUGCAACUGGUCAAGGAGCAUCCAAGCAAGCAGGAGAGGGAGCACGAGCUACUGACCAUCGGCAGGACUAAAAUGUGGGACCGCCCCAUGAGUUCCAUCAAGCUGGAGUUGCUGUUUGAGCCUGAGGACGAGCACUCAGAGCCCGUGCACACAGUGGUGUUCCAGGGAGCAGCAGGCAUAGGGAAAACAAUACUAGCCAGGAAGAUUAUGAUGGACUGGGCAUCUGGCAAGCUCUUCAAAGACAAAUUCGAUUAUUUGUUUUUUAUCCACUGCCGAGAGGUGAGCCUCAGGACACCAAGGAGUCUGGAAGACCUGAUUGUCAGCUGCUGGCCUGACCCGAACCCACCUGUGUGCAAGAUCCUGCGCAAGCCUUCCAGGAUCCUCUUCCUCAUGGACGGCUUUGAUGAGCUGCAAGGGGCCUUUGAUGAGCACAUUGCAGAGGUCUGCACAGACUGGCAGAAGGCUGUCCGGGGAGACAUUCUGCUGAGCAGCCUCAUCCGGAAGAAACUGCUGCCCAAAGCCUCUCUGCUUAUUACGACAAGGCCCGUGGCCUUGGAGAAGCUGCAGCACCUGCUGGACCACCCCCGCCAUGUCGAGAUCCUAGGUUUCUCUGAGGCCAAAAGGAAGGAGUAUUUCUUUAAGUACUUCUCAAAUGAGCUGCAGGCCAGGGAGGCCUUCCGGCUGAUCCAAGAAAACGAGAUUCUCUUCACCAUGUGUUUCAUCCCCCUGGUCUGCUGGAUUGUGUGCACAGGGCUGAAACAGCAGAUGGAGACUGGGAAGAGCCUGGCCCAGACAUCCAAGACCACCACCGCCGUCUAUGUCUUUUUCCUUUCCAGCCUGAUGCAAUCCCGGGCAGGCAUCGAGGAGCACCUCUUCUCGGGCUACCUGCAGGGCCUCUGCUCACUGGCUGCGGAUGGAAUCUGGAACCAGAAAAUCCUAUUUGAGGAGUGUGAUCUGAGGAAACACGGCCUGCAAAAGGCAGAUGUCUCUGCUUUCCUCAGGAUGAACGUGUUCCAGAAGGAAGUGGACUGCGAGAGAUUCUACAGUUUCAGCCACAUGACUUUCCAGGAGUUCUUUGCUGCUAUGUACUAUUUGCUGGAGGAGGAGGAGAGGGAGGAGGGGGAGGAAGGGGGCAUGACCGUGAGGAAGGGACCAGGAGGUUGCUCGGAUCUUCUGAACCGAGACGUGAAGGUCCUCCUAGAAAAUUACGGCAAGUUUGAGAAGGGCUAUCUGAUAUUUGUUGUCCGUUUCCUCUUUGGCCUUGUAAACCAGGAGAGAACCUCCUAUUUGGAGAAGAAAUUAAGCUGCAAGAUCUCUCAGGAAGUCAGACUGGAAUUGCUGAGAUGGAUCGAGGAGAAGGCCAAGGCCAAGAAGCUGCAGAGGCAGCCCAGCCAGCUGGAACUGUUCUACUGUCUGUAUGAGAUGCAGGAGGAAGACUUUGUGAGGAGCGCCAUGGACCACUUUCCCAAAAUUGAGAUCAACCUCUCUACCAGAAUGGACCACGUGGUUUCUUCCUUUUGUAUUAAGAACUGUCACAGGGUAAAGACACUCUCCUUGGGGUUUCUCCACAACUCACCCAAGGAGGAGGAAGGAGAGAAGGAAAGAAGUCGACACUUAGGCCAGGUCCAGUGUGUUUUCCCAGACUCUUAUGCCGCCUGCGCUUCCAGACUGGUGAACUGCUGCCUCACGUCUAGCUUCUGCCGAGGCCUCUUCUCCACUCUAAGUUCCAACCAGAACCUCACUGAACUGGACCUCAGUGACAAUACUCUGGGGGAUCCAGGCAUGAGGGUGCUGUGUGAGGCACUCCAGCACCCAAGCUGUAACAUUCAGAGACUGUGGUUGGGGCGCUGUGGACUGUCCCAUCAAUGCUGUUCGGACAUCGCCUCUGUCCUGAGCAGCAGCCAGAAGCUGGUGGAGCUGGAUCUCAGUGACAAUGCCCUGGGGGACUUUGGAGUGAGACUUCUGUGUAUGGGCCUGACGCAUCUGUUCUGCAACCUGCAGAAACUCUGGUUGGUCAGCUGCUGUCUCACAUCUGCGUGUUGUCAGGAUCUCGCAUCGGUUCUGAGCUCCAGCUGUUCUCUGACCAGGCUGUACGUUGGAGAAAAUGCCUUGGGCGAUUCAGGAGUUCGAGUUUUGUGUGAAAAAGUCAAGGACCCACAGUGUAACUUGCAGAAGCUGGGGUUGGUGAAUUCUGGCCUUACUUCUGCUUGUUGUUCAGCUCUGACCUCUGUGCUCAAAACCAACCAGAACCUCACACACCUUUACCUACGGGGCAAUGCCCUUGGAGACGCGGGGCUGCAGCUCCUCUGUGAGGGACUGCUGCACCCCAGCUGCAAGCUACAGAUGCUGGAGUUAGACAACUGCAGCCUCACCUCCCACUGCUGCUGGAAUCUCUCCACUAUCCUGACCUGCAACCGGAGCCUUCGGAAGCUGAACCUGGGCAACAAUGACCUGGGGGAUCUGGGCGUGGUGAUGCUCUGUGAGGUUCUCAAACAGCAGGGCUGCCUCCUGCAGAGCCUACAUUUGGAUGAGAUGUAUUUUAAUUAUGAAACAAAACGUGCCUUAGAAGCGCUUCAGGAAGAAAAGCCUGAGAUGACUAUUGUCUUCGAGCCUUCUUGGUAGGUGUGGAAGCGGGGCUGCGCCACGCCCCAGUGUAUUCUGUUCUUCACUGCUCUCAAGCCUCCUCCACCAUCAGGACCUCAGCCAGAGCUCUCUAGCUCAGGGUCCGGAGCAAAGGCUCAUGGGAGGAGCCAAACGUGCUUUCCCCAGUGAAGACAUUGAUAAUGUGAAACUUCCAGAGGAUGUGGUUCCCAUCAUGCCCUGGGUGGUCCCUCUUGGUGACCUCAUGGAACCAACUUCUAGAAAACACAUUUUUCUGGUCUUUCUUCCUCCUAUGCUGUUCUGUUUU